ACUGAUGAGUGAUGACAAGAAGUAAUAAAUAAAAUAACUAAUAAGUUGAUGGAAUUAGACAAUUAGUAGGUGUUAAAUAAUUUAGUAAAAUGUUUACUAUUUGAAAACAGUGUAAUCUAUUCGUAAUUUUAUUAGUAAUUGUAUGGAUUCAACACUGUGACGGCAAAUCUAUAAUAAUAUUAUGAUUGUAAUUAUCGUAAAUAUAAACUACUACACCAAGCAAGGCAAAGCGGCUUAGACAACUAAUAAGAUGUAAACAAAUUGUAGUAGUUCUAGUAGAUAACUGGUCACCAUGGGAUCAAAAGACAAGAUCUGGGCAAUAUCAGAGCUGACGGAAUUUGCUCAGAAGUUCCAGAAAGUAUAUGCUUUGUGCAACAUUUCUUGGUUUCACAGGGGCAGGCCUCCACUAGCAAACAGACACAAUAUGGCGCUGAAAGAGCUGGCUUGCUUGCUGGGCGAGCCGACUGACGCGCGUUACAUGGAGCAGCGCGUCUACGACUUCAUUGGCAAUUUGCUGCACCUGAUGCGUGACGUGGCCCGCGAGGAGACGCCUUGGGACUCGCUGCCGCCCGUGUUGAAGCGUCUCGGCACUCGCCUCAAUUUCAUCGACGUGGCGUCGGUGAUGGAGACGGGCGAGUGCCGGGCCGACGGCGCCGUCAACCCCGCCAAGAUGAAGAGCUUCGCGACGAGGCUCGUGAAGGCGGUCCAGCGAGCCGUCGCCGAGCGUGCGAAAUCGCAAGCCCUUCGGGGACUGCCGCCGCGCGAAUGGGACACGGCCCGCUUCCUGAAGAGUAUAGCCGCCGUCGAGGUCUUCGCCCGCGAGACGUCCGCCGACGCGGGCGCCCUGUUGCAGAUCUGGCUACGCAUGUACGAGGAGACGCGUCGCGAGCUGUGCCGAGGGGGCCGCGAGCCGUCGCUGUCGCUGCCCGAGUGGCGGCUGGCCGACCUGCUUCUGCUGCACGAGCCCGCGCUGCCGCUCCUCGAGCGCGCCGGCGAGCAGGUGUGUCCGGAGCGAUCGCUGCGCUUCCUCGUGCGACUCGUGGCAGCCGGCACGACGAGGCUGGCGCGGCGCGAAGGCCCCGACCCGGUGUUCGGCGCUUCCCUCCCUCCGCCGAAUCGCCCCGAGGAGGCGCUCGAGUACGGCGACUGGGUCCGCUCCGUGUGGACGGCCGUCCACAUCGCUUUCUGUAAAAAGGAGCGUCCGGUGUCGAGCGUGCUGCUGCAGCGGCGUUGGCACGAGCUGCGGCUGCUGGCUCGCGAGGACCGGGAGGCGCCGACGCCGUCGGCGCUGCUGCUGAGGCGGUUCCUCGACGCGGAGAGUGCGGCUCCCCCCUCUUGGCCGAGCCUAGUGGAGCGGGGACUGGUCGUCGACCUCACGGCGUUGGGAUGCCAGAACCCCGAUCUGCUGUGUCUGCUCGACGAUAUCGAACACACCUUCGCGUCUGAGACGUCGGAGAUCCCUUCGGAGGCGAUCCCGCAGAGAGACAUCUUGCGACAGCUCCAGGCCAUGGACCCCAGCCGGGCCGAGGUGUCCAUCCUCUUCGACCCUCACUCCGACUCCGAGCCCGAAGACGGCCCCGCCCCUCCCGCGGCCCCCGCCGACAAGGACGACUCGCUCAGCUUCAUCAUCAGGCAAGCCCUCAACUGCCGAUCCGUCGUGCGACUGCAGGCGCCGCGUCUGCGGGAGCUCACCGACGACAUCCUCGAGAAGAACUCCGUGCUCGCCGACGAGCGGGACGACUCGGACGAGGAGAGCCCUCUGGUCAUCGACGAGACCGAACCCGAAGUGGAGAGCGAGACGAGGAAGCGAACUCUGAGCGACGGCGCGGAGACCGCCAGCGAGUCUCCGGCCCGCGACUUCGAGGCGAAGGAGGAGCCCGACGCGGCUAAGAGGGUGAAACGAGAGAAGAACGAGGAGGAGUCGCCCGGGCUCAGUGAAAAGUUGGCGAUGGAGGUGCGCGUGGUGCUCGAGAGGGUCGACGAGACGGCCGACCGGACACUUCGGGGCCUCUCGCCGGCCGAGCUGUCGCGGCGCCACGGGGUCGAGGGACAGGGGGCCGCCUGGUGGACCCGAAAUCUUCCUCUGGCCGAGAAGUGCCGCCCUCUGCGGGUGACGCUGAGCCGUCCCCGUCGUCGACCGGCGCCCCGCGUCGCCCCGCCGGACGUCGAAGAGAUCCGGGAGAUCGACGGGAGCACGCUCACCGCCGAAGCGGCCCCGACCUUCGUCCGUUCCCCGGAGUCGGUCUCCGCCGAGAUCCUGGACGUCGACGACGAGCGGCCGGAGAGCAGACGGUUCCAGUACCUCUACGGGGACAUGCUGAGGAUGAUGGCUCGCAACGCUAAGAGAUUUCUGCCGGCGACGCGAAACACUCCGUCGACGGACGCGAAGACGGCGCCCUACCCCGGCCCGAAGGCCGUCGCCGAGACGUCGCAACUGAGCGACCUCGAGAAGUGGGAGAGGGAGAAGCGCGUCGGCCUGCAGUACUUCAGCCUGCCUCAUCUGCUCGACCCCGAGCCCCGGCGGCGGGCCGAACUUCGGCGGCGGUCGGCCCCCGACCCGACGCCGCCCCGCCUCGUCUCGGAGUCCGAUUCCGAUUCCCGAGAGGACGCGGCGAGUCCUCGGGCCGACGAGAGUCCGGCCGGCAUACUGGACGACGAGCUGAGGGACCUCAGGCGAACGGAGAAGGCCGACUCCCGACCGAGGGGCUCGUCCGCCUCCGGCUUCUUCGCUCCCGGUCCCGGUCCCGUCGGCCCGGUCGGCUCGGAAGGCGGACUCGACGUCCUCAAACCGGUGCAACCGACCGCGGGAAUCCACGAUCCCGUGAUCACGUGCGGAAGUCACUCGAUAAGACUCGUGGAAGACACGCGACACACGGCCGCCGAGAGGAAGAGGCGGAUGAAGCUGUCGGAUCGAGAGAAACGCGUGAAGAUCAAGUUCACCAGCAUCCUGAACGAGAUGACCGAGGAGAGGAGGCGAAAGGGGCGAGACGGAGGCGCCGAGCCCCCGUCCUUCGCAGAAGGAUUCGCGGGAGCCUCGUGCCACUUCAAACUGCCGGCGGAGCGCCGCGUGACGGCGGCCGAGUACGCGGCGGCCGGCGGCGGAGGGACGGCGCUGAUGCGGGCGGACCUCGAGAGGCCCCUCUGGCUGGUCUCUCGCGAGUUCGUGGUGCUGACGAGGACGCCGCUGACUUUCGCCCGGCCCUCGUACUGGGGCACGACGCCGGCCGCGUCGCGCGUGACGCUCACGCGCGUGCUGUUCCCGGACGAGGACGACCGCCGGGACUCCGCCGUCGUGGACCUCACGGACGACACGGAGCCGGCCGACGGCGAGCUCCCGUUCAAGACUCUCGUCGACGAUCCGCCUCGGCGCGUCUUCGUGUACAACAUGGUGCAGGACGUCGUCACCUUCCGGCGGUUGAACUCGAGUCGAAGGUCGCUAUUCCUGUUCUCGCUGCAGACCGGCGCCCUGAAGAUCGCGCCCGCUCCCGAGACGAUGGUCGGCCCCGCCCUUCCGGUCGCGACGUGGUCCGGCGUGUCGUCCGUCGGGGCGCUCCCGAGUCCGGCGGCCGCCGGCCCGUCUUCGUGUCCGCCGGCGGCGACCGGCCUGCGCGAGGUGUCCGUGAGCGUGCCGGCUUACGAGCGUGGGCCCGGCGCGGGCUCCGGCGCGCCGCCCGUCGUUCUGCAGCGGGCGGGUCUCGGGCCGACGCGGACGAGAGCGCCCGGGCCGCCGGGCCGGGACGAGGUCUCGGCCGACGUAGAGUCGCCGCCGCCUCGGAUGCCCCCGAGCGCCGGGCCCUCGGUCCCGCCCUGGAUAUCCCGAAGGGCGGCGCCCGAAGCGCCUCCGCCCCGAACCGACGUGUGAAGACGAACGCGUUCUUUCUGAGCGAAGAGGAGAUCCGACACGCUCACGUUUAGCGAGACGACAAUUGGUGACGUCACUAUCGAAUGAGUCGUGACGAAAUACAUGAACGUCUUCCGUUUGCUCCUAUUUAAAAUUUCACCGUUUGUAAAAUAAUAAAAAUAUCGUCCCUUCCUUCCUUAAGGCAGUCGGGAUAAUAAAAUAAAAUAAUAACUUCUUUUUUAUUCGCAAUUUCAGGAAGGCGUUCAAUUCCUCCGGGUUACUUAAUAAUUAUUGCGAGAGCGAAAUACUGUUCGGUGGAACGUGAUAUGACGAAUUGAUUAAAAAUCGAUGGAAAUAAUGAAUAAGGCGACAAUCAUCUUCUACCGAUCGACGACAUUGAUUCGCUAAAGAUUUCAGUGUACUCGUACCUAUACGUACACACAAUUGCACACACUAUGUUAAAUAAUAUUCAAUUAAAUACUUAGCUAUGUAGAUUUGUAUAACAAAAACAAUAAAACAUUAUUCCUUACAAUUUCAUAUAUUAUUUUAAAAUAGCCUCUGCCCGCGUUGAUUUCGUGUAUAUUACCAAAAUCACUUGCGACCACUUCACUUCAAAAUACCGCAUAAUGAAUUCACACCUUUUUUGAUAAUCGCUAUUUUACAAUAAAUAAGAAAUCAAAUCAAAAUCACUAGUAUUUAUUAUAAUUUAAAUUGUCGUUAUCAUGUUCAUGAAUUGUGUUAUUCUCCUCUGUUUUGUUUAUAUACAGGUAUUUUUCAAAUGUAUAAUAUGUACCGUACCGUUAGGUAAAUAAAUACUGUCAUAAAUGUGUAAAUAAAGAUUAUAUAUUUCGGCAAUGUUCAACUGGGUAUGAACGUGAAACACCGUAAUUAAUAUAAAAUUAAUGAUGUCAUGUAUAUAGUGUAAUAGACUAGAUAACAUAAGAAUUGACUUUGACUAAUAAUGUAAAAUUCCUUAAGACAAAUUUGCGCGCCAUCGUGUGUGGCAGAAUAUGCGAACGAUUUACGAUUGUAUCACCUCAACAUUUUGUACCAUAUUCUUGCAAUAAAUAAAUUAUUAUUAUCA